UAACGCACAACCGAGCAUGAUGCAUGAUGCCUUGAGGUGACGUCAGUGCGUUGUAAAGUACGCGCUUCCCACCCUUGGCCUACUUGUAUCGCACUCUCGAUAGUUCAUCACCAUCAAGUGCUGUUACGAUUCCAACCAUGCCCGUGCCACGUAGUAUAAUUAAGCAGAUCAAGCAGAUCAUCCCCCCUCUGAACGGCACUUUGCACAAAGGACAAUCAGGCAGAGUCGGUGUGCUCGGAGGAGCUUUGGAUUACACUGGUGCACCAUUCUUCGCAGCAAUAUCUGCAUUGCGACUGGGAGCAGAUCUUUCGCAUGUCAUCUGCUCGCCCACAGCUGCUCAAGCUAUCAAGUCCUACUCCCCAGACCUAAUCGUACACCCCAUUCUCCGUGAAGAUACAUCAUAUGAGAAAGUGGAGAGCGAUCUCAGGUCUCUGCUUUCUCGACUGCAUGUCCUCGUUAUGGGACCAGGACUAGGCCGCGAGGAUUACAUGCAAUCUUAUGCUCGCCUGGCGCUGUCUAUCGCUCGUGAACAGGCUAUGUUUGUCGUCCUCGAUGCUGAUGCUCUGUAUAUGGUCGGGAAGGAACUUCCUCUCGUCAAGGGAUACUGCCGUGCGGUGCUCACUCCUAAUGUGGUCGAGUUCAAACGUCUGAGUGAGUCGGCGGGCGUUUCGCCAGAUGUACCGACGAAGGAACGCGCUGGAGAAAUUUCUAAACUACUUGGAGGUGUCGUAGUGCUGGAGAAAGGUCCGGUUGAUUUAAUCGCGAGCGAUACUACGGGUGAAGCUGCUAGUCUUGAGGCGAGUAAGCUGGACGAGGGCGAUGAGGAGCGGCAACGUGUGAGGGAGGUGGUUGAGGUAGAUGUGGAAGGCGGGUUGAAGCGGUGUGGUGGCCAGGGUGAUGUUCUCAGCGGAACGGUUGGGGCGAUGCUUGCGUGGGGGAAAUGCUACGAGGACGGUGCCUUCGGCGAUGGGAGUAUUCCUGCUUCUCGUCUCCCGCUUCUGGCGGCGGUGGGUGGAAGUAUGGUCACCCGAACUAGCAGUCGAAUGGCGUUUCAGCUACAGGGAAGAGGUCUUGUCACGCAAGAUAUGCUUCCGCAGCUUGGCAAAUCUUUCUCGGAGGUCUUUGGAGAAGACUUGUGGGCUGGAGAUAAAGGCAGGCUCUAGGUUUAAAGACAAGGGAGGGUAGAAGACGUCUGCAUGUGCAAUAGAAGAAGUUCCACUCUGCAUUCACCUGGUUCGGGAAGAGGAACAGUUGUGACGUGAUUAAUGUGACAGAAAGAGGGGGGAUUAUGGACAAGUCUUCCCAAGGUCGGGCGGGGCCUGCAGGGGCAGCCUCGGAGUGGGGGGAGUUGGACUCCGAGGCACAAAAAGACAUGACUAAAUCAUCACAAAGGAGCAACAGACCCUGAAUGAUUCUAGUAGAAAGGCACUUAACUCACUCGUCUAUAAACCACUAGGGACAACAAUUGAAUAUUAAUAUUUUUUGGAGGUACGUUAGGA